GAGAAGAGAUGAACAGCUCUGGGCUGGUCCGGCUGCUGUGCGGACAAAGCUGGUCAGGUGUCCGCCGGCUUGGGUGACUCGGGUUCCACCAGAACCAGCCGGGAGAGAUGUUCUCGGCCCCGUGGGGCGGGGGAGCCAGGCCUUUCUGACCCUGGCAGCACCAGGUGGCCAGGGCACGCAAGGCGGGGUGCUGGCUUCCCGGGGCGCUUCCGAGAACACUUCACCUCUUCAAGCAUCUGUGGCCAGACUGGCUCUUCCGGACCCCAAGACUGAGGCGGGGCCUUGGCCCGAGUCCCUGGGGGAGGGUGACAGGAUUUGGGGCAGAGGCCCGGUCAGGCCAGCCCUGCGGAGCGCGAGGCUGGGACAGAUACAGACUCACAAACACCCAAGGGCGGAACCAGGCCCAGGUACCCAUGGGGCACCGCUGCCCAGCAGCACACUUCCUCGUGCCAGGACCCAGGAGCCCUGCGCUGCAGGGUUGGGUGGAGGGGGACCCUCAGAACGGGCCAGGACCCAGAAGGCCCACCCCGACGGUGGCAGGCCCCUGUAAGGGCACCUGGGUGCCAGUGGCGUCGCCCCUCACCUCUGCUCCACCCCAGGCCGGCCUGAACUCAGGUGGUGACACCUGUCUCACCACCCUCCUCGCCAAGACGUCUGGCUGGGUCGUAACGCCGGGGGGGGGGGGCGGCCCAGCUCCGGGCCCCAGGCAGGGCCUUAGCUCAGGGCUGGGCCCUGACUUCUGGACCUGGACCCUGCCGGGGUCUCCCCAGGGCUGUCCACACCAGCCCAGAGGGGUCGGAGUCAGGGUGAAGGGCCCCCCCUUCUUGCAAAACCACCAUCCCAGGGGGUCCUACCCCUGCCCCGGGGGCCCUGAGGGCAGGCCAGCCCCCCGCCCCCACACCCCAGCUUCAGGCCAGCUACUCACUGCUAGCAGCAAGGGCAGGAGGGCCCUUCACGUGCCCCGGAUAUGCACACCUGGGGGUGCGUCUGGGAGCGCCCCAGCCCCCACCCAGGAAGCGCAGGAGCACACGCACGCACCACCACGCCUGCCCCGUCCUGCCUGCCCAGGGCCAGCUUCUAGGUCAGGCCCGGGCACGACUUCCCAGAAGAAGCAGCAGGCGCUGCUGGAUCCAGCCUCAAGGCUUGGGGCGAGCCGGGGGCCAUGGCUUGGGGGGCGUGGGGCCAGGCCCGUGGGGGCCCUGUGGGGGCUCUAACCCUGACAGCUCUGGCUGAAGGGAUCCAGGCCAACCAGGGGCAGACCCCAGGUCGCUCUGCCCUUGGCCGUCAGCCCGGACAUGGGCUUGAACCUGAGUCGGAGCCUAAGAGUGCGGCUGCCAUCCCCGCCCUGGGCUGUGAGUCCCCUGAGGGACCCUGUCAGGACCCGCAGAGUUCCCGGGAGGAGGGGGCCCUUGCGGACCUGGCAGCGUACACAGCUGCCUGCCUGGAGGAGGCCGGCUUAGUAGGGACGCAGGCAACAGCGCUCACACUGUCCUCAGCUCCGGAGGCCCGGGGCCAGCCUCUGGAGGCGCAGGUGUACGCCCUGGUGAGCGGGCUGCUGGCGCAGGUGCCCAGCCUGGCCGAAGGGAGGCCCCGGCGGGCAGCCCUCCGGGUGCUGAGCGCGCUGGCCCGGGAGCACGCUCGGGAGGUGGUGUGUGCGCUGCUGCGCAGCUCGCUGCCCCCAGACCGGGCGGCGGCUGAACUGUGGCCCAGCCUGAGCCGGAAUCAGUGCGUGAAUGGGCAGGUGCUGGUCCAGCUGCUGUGGGCGCUGAAGGACCAAGCCGGGCGGGAGCUGGAGGCCUUGGCGGCCACUCGGGCCCUUGGGGAGAUGCUGGCUGUGUCUGGCUGCGUGGGUGCCACGCGGGGCUUCUACCCACACCUCCUGCUCCUGCUGGUCACGCAGCUACACCAGCUAGCGCGGGGCGUGCGCGCCCCUGGCUCCCCGAAGGGGUUGGGCCCCUCGCGGCCAGGGCCGCCGCACAGCCACGCCAGCUGCGCGGUGGAGGCCUUGAAGGCCUUGCUCACCGGGGAUGGUGGCCGCAUGGUAGUCACGUGCAUGGAGCAGGCUGGAGGCUGGAGGAGGCUGGUGGGAGCCCACACCCACCUAGAAGGCGUCCUGCUGCUGGCCAGUGCCAUGGUGGCCCACGCGGACCACCACCUUCGAGGCCUGUUCGCGAACUUGCUGCCGCAGCUGCGCAGCCCCGACGACACGCAGCGCCUCACGGCGAUGGCCUUCUUCGCCGGGGUGAGCCUGCUUCCUACCCGGCCGGGGAGGGGCGCGGGCGGCGUGCGGCCGCCCUCGCGCGCGCUGACCGCGUGCCCCCCCUCCCACCCCGGCUCAGCUGCUGCAGAGUCGGCCCACGGCGAGGCUCCUGCGGGAGGAGGUCAUCCUGGAGCGGCUCCGGGCCUGGCAGGGCGACCCCGAGCCCACCGUGCGCUGGCUGGGCCUGCUGGGCCUCGGCCACCUGGCGCUGAAUGGCGGGAAGGUGAGGGACAGGGCUGGGGGCGGCGGACCGGGCGGGGGCCGCGAGGGGCCGCCCACGAGUCGCUGCCCCCGCAGGUGCGGCACGUGAGCAGGCUGCUGCCCGCGCUGCUGCGUGCGCUGGGCGAGGGCGACGCGAGGCUCGUGGAGGCGGCGCUGGGCGCGCUGGGGAGGCUCCUGCUGCAGCCUGGGGCGCCGGUGCGGCUCCUGAGCGCCCAGCUGGGGCCGAGCCUCCCGCGGCUGCUGGACGACGCCAGGGAGUCUGUCCGCGCCUCGGCCGUGGGGCUUCUCGGGACGCUGGUGCGGCGGGGCCGGGGCGGGCUCCGGGUGGGGCUCCGCGGCCCCCUCCGGAAGCUGGUGCUCCAGAGCGUCGUCCCUCUGCUGUUGCGCCUGCAGGAUCCCAGCCGGGAGGCUGCUGAGAGUUCAGAGUGGACCCUGGCCCGCUGUGACCAGGCCUUGCGUUGGGGCCUGCUGGAGGACACGGUCACCGUGGCCCACUACGACAGCCCUGAGGCCCUAAGCCGCAUCUGCCACUGCCUGGUUCAGCAGUACCCAAGUCACACCCCCAGCUUCCUGAGCCAGACCCAGGGCUACCUGCGGAGCCCACAGACCCCUUUGCGCUGGGCCGCAGCCGUGCUCCUAGGCUUCCUCGUCCAUCACACCAGCCCUGGCCGUGUCAACCAGGACCUGCUGGACUCCCUGUUCCAGGACCUGGGACAGCUGCAGAGUGACCCAGAGCCCGCCGUGGUCGCCGCGGCUCAUGCGUCCACCCAACAGGUGGCGCUGCUGGCCCGCGCCCAGGCCCGGCCCCGCCGCCCACGUCUCCUCUGCCUGCGUCUGCAUCUCCUCCGCUCAGGCCUCUGGCACUGUCGCCGGCCCCCCCGGCCCCCACCAGUCUACCCCAACAGCCCGUUCCAGCCCCGGAGCAUCAUAGGCCGCUGGGGCUGCCUGGGACCCAGCUGCGCCUGAGCCCGAGCCAGCCUUAGGGUCCCUGGGGUCGCAGACCAGCAGCGCUCGGCGGCUCCGUGGCCAGUCCUGGCAGGGGCAGGUGUGCAGGAGCGGCUCCCCUUGAGGGCCCCCCACCCUGGGCCCCGGGCCUGGAUGCGCACCAACCCUCCCUCUCUAGGGACGCACCGCCACCCCAGCCACGCGACCCAGGACUGUGGGGCCUUCCGUCCAAGCACGGUCUUGCCUUCAGCCCACCUUGCCUCUUGCUCGCGUCGGCCAUCUGUCCCCACUAAGGCUAGCAACCUGAGUGUGCCCCACCCCCCCAGCUUGGAUGGCACCUGGCACCUAGCUGGGGUCCGAUGGGGGACACGGUGACCCUGGCCCAACCCUGGGAGCUGGUGCCACGAGAGGCCACCUGUUUGCUGGGUCUUCACGCAUGGCCCACUCUGCCUCCCCUGCCUGUCUGUGUCCUCCCCAGUGGCCCAAAGUCCCCCAUCAUAUGUCCCACUCCUCGCUGGCCUGUCACCAUCCCCCCCCCCACUCCUGUGCAUCACGUCAGACCUCACCUGAGCCCUCCCUCUCUGGGUUUCCCCUGACUUCCCCACUGGAGGCUGGGGGUGGGCUUCAGGUGUGGGGUGCCACCUCCUGCCCCCUCCAGACUGAGCCCUCAGGUGGCUCCCCAGUGCCCUCCCUGGGCUGGAACGAGGACAGCGUGACGGCACGUGCUGGGAGGAAGCGGCUCUGGGUCCUGGCGGACCCCUCCGCCCAGAACGCCUGUCUUGAGACGUUCUCUUGCCUUUCCGGGCCCACCCCCCAACGCCAUGUUCUCAGAGAGGCCUUGGCUCAUGCCGCCUCUUGGAGGGCUAGGACCCGUCCCGCCAUGUCUGGGGACCCCCUUGGGGUCCCGCCUGUCCCCUGUGGGAAGUGGUUAAAAUAAACACAGGUGGAUUACAGGGGUCUGGUAUGAGUCUGGGAACCGGGUCUGGGCCAAGGAUGGAGUCCUGAUGACCGUGGCCUGGUCCAGCGUCUGGCUCAGGCUGGGAUGAUAGAUAAGGCAGUGAGUAUCCAACGAGGAGUAAGGGUCAGCCCGCCGGGGGCUUAGAAUCAGGCUGGUUCAAGGUCCGUGUUUACGGCCAGGAAAGGCACGGGUUCACUUGCUGAGACAGAGAGAAAGCUCCGGAGCUCAGGCAGGAAGGACGUUAGGUCUUCGAGGCCCAAGCGGGGCCAGGCCAAGAGCACGGGUUGGUGUGGAAGCAGGGGAUAUGGUCUGGUGUCUCCGUUUAGAACUAACGAAAUGUGUCACAGACCCUCCAGAGGCCCUCAGACUCCCGAGGGAGGAUGGGGGAGGGAAGGAAAGGAUUGUUUGG